AUGGCUGAGGCAGUUGUUUCGUUUGUGCUCGAAAGGGUCGGAGACUUCGCCACUCAGGAAGCCAAGUUCUUGUCUGGAGUGAGCCAUCAAGUUGAGGUUGCACAAACUGAGCUACAAUUGAUGCAGGGCUUCCUCAAAGAUGCACAUGUAAAACAAGGACAAGAUGCAAUAGUACAAUUUUGGGUUGCCAAAACUAGAGAUGCUGCUUAUGACUUGGAAGAUGUUAUUGAAACUUAUGGCUUGAAAGUGGCUUCCAAGAAGAAAAGGGGCAUCAAGAAUAUUCUCAGAAGAUUUGCCUGCAUUAUUAUCUUUUAUUUGUUAUGUGAUUGCAUGUCACUUAAUUCAGUUAUAUCAAUUUACUGUGGAAAAUUUUAUGUCCCUACUGAGCUGUGGUUUCGCUCACCCCUUUAUAGACCUUGGAGUUGUAAAACCCAAAAGACGGGUGGUAGGCGAGCCAAGGUUGAAUUAGAUAAGAGUGAUAGAACUUUAUUUAUUUCUUGUACUCUUGUAUGA